ACGAGAAACCGCGAGAAGAGACAUUUAAUGUCAUUUUCGGCUCUUUCUUCCCCGUAUUCCUGCAAAACUCGGGCCCGUUUACCGGGAAAAUUGAGACAAAUCCCUCGAAUGCAAUCGAUAAGCUAUGGAUGAAAAGGAGCACAUCGAUGACGGCAGCUACCAGAACCGGCUCCACCAGACAGAACCAGCGACCGGCGCCCCCCACGAGCCAGCCCCCUGGCCUCUGGUGGGCCCUGGGGGGGCCCAGGACCUGACCCCCUGGCCUGUAGCGGCCUCGGCACACCAGGAUUGCGAUUACCGAUCACAGGAAGACUUAGCACGGCAGCAGGGCAGGGCACAGUGGCUGGAGGGAAGAACCCAGGCCUACCACAGAGACAACAACCAAGACUGGCCAAUGGCAGAGACAGGAAGGCAGUCUGGCCACCACAGCUGGUCACCGGACCCACUCAAGCAGGACGCAGAGUCUUUCCAAACCCUGCAGGAGGAACCCAGAGACAGGCAAGACUGCGGCUACCAGCCCCAGACAGAAGCCGGCGGCACACACCAGGACCUGGUGCAAGAACUCCGGCAGGAGACCUACCCAGAUACUACAAACCCUCAGCAACUGCAGCAUGAGACCAACCCCGAGACAAACCCUCAGCAGUACCAACAGAGACCCCAGGGGGGCCCCUAUCCUGGAGACAUAGCAGGGCAGGCAGAAGCACAGCAGUCCAGGGCAAGGGCUGACUCCCAGCUGGGUCACUUCUCGUCUGCUGUCAUCCUCCCUCCUCGUAAGUCCUACCUCAGUAGGGAGUCUGAGAUGACUGUGGGGGAGACUUACGUGGUGAAAGAGGUCACGUCUUCAUCAGAGAACCAGCCCUUCACAGGUCUGACCUUGGGGGAGUCUUCUGAAGGUCAGGAGACAGGACAGCUGGACCUUCCUGCGGGAGGAACCCUGUCUGGUGUGGAGGAUGGACCAACUGGGGAGCAGGAGGAGGAGGGAGAUGGGGAGGAUGGGCAGGAGGAUGGGGGUGAAGAGACAAGGGACCAAACUCACAGUGCCCAGAAGGAUGUAGGAGCCCGUCAGCAGCAGGAAGAGGUGGGGGAUCUGCUCCUGUCCUGCACACUGGAGGGCUGCGACUUCACUACUCAGACUAGGUUUGUGUUUAAGGAGCACGUGCGUAAGGUGCACAACGGGAAGCUGUACGGCUGUCUGAAGUGCUCCCUGUUGUUCUCCACGGUCGAGGCGCUGAAGCAGCACAAGCCGCAGCACAAGCCCUUCCGCUGCGCCCACUGCAGCUUCGCCUGCUCCCAGCAGGCCAAGUACCACAGGCACCUGCAGGGGCAUGAUGGGAAACAGCCACAGGGGCAUGAUGGGAAACAGCCACAGGGGCAUGAUGGGAAAUCACAGGAGCAGGAUGGGAAACCACAGGGGCAUGAUGGGAAAGAUGCAGCAGGUGCCAGCCAGGUGCAGGAUGGGAAACAGGCAUUGGAUGGCAGCCAGGUGCAUGAUGGGAAACUGGAAUCGGAAGGCAGCCAGGGGCAGGAUGGGAAGCAGAUGGCCUGCAGCAGUUGUGACUUCAUGGCAGCCAGCCCUGCGGCACUCAAGGAGCACAGGAAGGAUGCCCACGGCCAGGCCAGACUUCAGUGUGAGGAGUGUCCCUACAGCACCCCAUAUCACGAGAAGAUGGAAGUGCACAAGAGAGUGCACACUGGGGAGAAGCCUUACAAGUGUGAUGAGUGUGAGUACACCUGCAGUGAGAAGGGUCGUCUGGACGCCCACCGACGUAUCCAUGGCGACAGUAAACAGUACCUGUGCCCCGACUGCGGCUACAGCUGCAAGUGGCCCAACCAGCUGAAAACUCACCAGCUCACACACACAGGAGCGAAGCCGUACAAGUGUGAGCAGUGUGACUAUGCCACGACCCGGGCGGACACCCUACAGACCCACGUACGAACCCACACAGGAGAGAAACCCUUCAUGUGUGAACAGUGUGGGUACUCCUGCACCACCAAGGGCAGUCUCAGGACACACAAGAAAAAACACCAGACAGACCGUCUGUACCGCUGCUCCAAGUGUCCGCAGACGUUCAAGUUUGCAGCUGGCCUGUACCAGCACACUCGGCGACACACCAGCGUCAAACCCUACCGCUGUACAACCUGCGACUUCAGCGCCUACCAGAAACAGACGCUCAAGACCCACAUGCUCAAACACACAGGUGAGAAGCCCCACAAGUGUCCCUGGUGUUCCUUCGCGGCUCGGCAGAAAUCCAACCUCCAGUCUCACAUCCAGAGCAAACACCCCGGCACCGAGGGGCAGCCAACCGGCAGUCCACAGAAACUGCUGCGCUGCCCACUGUGCCGAUACUCCGCACGCAAGGGCAGCUUGCUGCAGCGCCACCUGGAGAAGCACCCGGAAUAUGCAGCUCUGCAGGAGCAGGGGCACUUCCAGAACCUCCUCCUCCAAUCAGAGGACGGCAGCGACACCCAGGGGACCAAUCAGGACGCAGCUGCCAUGGAAACGGAGGAAGGUGUUGGUGAGGUCGGUCCAAUUGAAGGGGGUGGCAGUAAUACAGAAGAGGAGGGGGAAGGGAGCUGCCCUCCCCUAGAAAAUAGUGGAACAACCUUCCAGGCACCUGUCCCCAAGGCUACCACAGAGUUGCAGGACUAUUUCAUUCCCCAUAAGGGGGGUGAAGCAAAGGAGACAAAAAUCGAAACAGACACUGAGCAACAGAAUGACCCCUCCCAGCAGAAGCUGCAGACCUCUGACCCAGCCACAGGUCAGCUAGACUCCGCCCUGAUUGCCCAGAGCAUGUGCAGUCUGUUCGCCGACACUACACGGGGCCUGCUGCCCUCCCAACAGUCCAGCACUGAACAGCAAAAAACAUUCCAGAGCCAGGCAACCAAUCAGAAAGCUGUUCAGGAUACCCUGCAGUUCCAGCCUCUGGAGGCAGAGGGCGAUGCUGGGGAGAAACCAAGUCAGCAAGGGGAGGCACCAGCUACUGCCAACCUGUCCACCUUUGAGUACAGUGUUGGCUCUUUGUCACCCGUAACACCCCCAGAUAUGAGCCUAGAUGGUUCGGCCCCAAGUGCGUAUGGAACGACCCAAGUGCAGCUGACGGCAGGGGGGAGUCCGGGCCAGAUGGAAGCAGAAAACAUGGGGGAUGAGUAUGGAGACCCCCCUGAUGUGCAAAUGGAAGCUUCCGGGUCAGGUGAAACCCGAGCUGAGGCGGCCAUUAAGAAGGAGCGAGAUGAUGACGACCAUGACAACGAUGUAGAGUAUGGCUCUGAAAGCGAAAGUGAAGCAGAAAGUGAGAGUGAAGCCCUGCUGACGAAGCGGAUGCUAACGAAGCACCUACUGGCGGAAGACGCCCCGGAGGAGGGGGAGAAGACUCUUCAGAUGAACCUGCGCAAGAAAGAAAGGAGGAGGUACCAGCUGCUGGACUCAGGUGAUGAUGAUGAUGAGGCAGACCAGGAUUAUGCGGAGGACGAGGAGCUCAAACCUGCAGCCAAGAGGAGGAAAUACACGCCCAGGCGGAGUACUGAGCCUGCUGCGCUGUCUUGCAGGUCUGCAGGGCUGCAGUGUGAACACUGUGACUUCACCUGUAAGCAGGAGCGCGCCCUGGAGACUCACCUGCGCAAAUACCACCGCAUCAAGGGGCCCAUCAGCAUCAGUACUGCAGUCAAGAAAAAACCUGGGCCCAAACCUGGGCCCAAACCUGGACCCAAACCUGGAGCCAAGAGGAGGCCGUAUGUACACAAGAAGAUCCUGAAGUGCAGCCAGUGUGACUUCACAUGUUACCAGGACCGAGCACUGCAGACCCACCUGAGGACCCACACUGGGGAGAAACCCUACAAGUGUCAGGAGUGUGACUUCCAGACAGCUGCGAAGUACCGCCUAACCGAACACAUGGCCCAGCAUGAUGAGUCCCGUCAGUUUAAGUGUGGGGAGUGCGGGCAGGGCUUCACCACGCAGCACCAUCUGCAGCAGCACGAGCUGCGCCACUCCGGCCAGCCCACACACUGCUGCGAUCUGUGUGAGUACGGCUGCUACGACCAGGCUUCACUCAACAGGCAUGUCAAGUCCCACAGUAGAGGUGCUAGUAGUCCAUCAGUAGAGUUGUGCCACUCUGGCCAGCCGACACACUGCUGCGAUCUGUGUGAGUACGGCUGCUACGACCAGGCUUCACUCAACAGGCAUGUCAAGAACAUGCACUCAGGUGACCUGGAGUUCAUCUGUCCGACCUGUGAUGGCCGGUUCAACUCCCAGGCCCAUCUGAACCGUCACAUGACCAUGCACCGCGGCAAGCGCGACCCCGAGGACCUCAAGUGUCCGAACGAUGGCUGCAGCUACGUGGCCAACAGUCGCUACGGGCUUUGGAAACACAACACUGAUGAGCACAAGGCUAAGGUGUGUCUGAAGUGCAGUGAGGAGUUUGACACCUAUGAGGAGCUGAAGGAACAUAAGAAGGUUCACAAGACCCACAAGUGUGACCGGUGUCCGUUCUCCACCUCCAGCGAGAACUACCUGCAGAAACACAUCCUGGACCUGCACUCUGAUGGGGACGACAUCAGAUGUGACCAGUGUGAGUUCACGUGUGGGCAUGAGCUGCUGCUGAAGAAGCAUCAGAACGCGGAGCACAAACAGCCCAAGCCUGAGAAGGUGUUCCAGUGCCAGCUGUGUGACUUCUCACAGACCAAACGCUGCCUCCUGGCCAGGCACAUGCGCAGGGUCCACUCUACAGCCACGCCGUACAAGUGUGACAAGUGUAACUACUCUGCUAAGGAGGUGAGCCAGCUGCAUGUUCACCAGCGUGUACAUGAGGAUGAGAGGCGUUACCUGUGCUCAGAGUGUGGCUACACCUGCAAGUGGGCCAACCAGCUCAAGAUACACCAGAUGUCUCACACAGGUGAGAAGCCGUUUACCUGUCCGUACUGCAGCUACGCCUGCGAGCGUUCGGACAAGCUGAAGAUCCACGUGCGCACGCACACCAAGGAGAAGCCCUACAUGUGCGAGCAGUGUGGGUUCCGCUGUUCCACCAAGAGCAGCCUGCGCUCCCACUCUCGCAAACACCGCUCCGACAAACCCUACCAGUGCCAGCUGUGUGACUCGUGCUUCAAGUACCCUACAGGGUUGUAUCUGCACAUGAAAACUCAUAAGGAGGACAAGCCGUUUAAGUGUGAACACUGCAGCUACUCCACCCCGUUCAAACGAUGCCUGCAGCAGCACAUGCUGCAGCAUACAGGCGAGAGGCCAUUCAAGUGUCAGUACUGUCUGUACACAGCCACACAGAAGGGAAACUUCCAGGCUCACAUGCAGAAAAAGCACCCCUGGGUCACCAACACUGCUGGUACAGGGGGGGAACAGGCUGGGACUAGUACUGAUGCUGUACAGCAGCCCACAGACCCUGCGGAGGGCACGCUUCAGAACAAGCGGUACAAGUGCCACCUGUGCUCCUACUCCAUAGACAAGAAGCAGCGUCUGGACCGGCACGUGGAGAAGCACCUCCGCGGCAUCAUCCAGACGCCCGGGCACGACGGCUGCCCCGUUACCAUGGCAACGCUCCUGAAGCCCGAGGGCGAGGCGCUGGCAACACUUUCGACCGUGUCGAGCCUGCGGAGCCGCGUGUCUGUCGGCCGGCGCAACCGGGUGUCGAACAAGGAGAAGGCGGCGCGGCAGGAGCUGAAGGAACCGGUCUCAGCCAGCCAGAGCCAGCAGGAACUCAUACAGGUUGAGAGUUCAGCGUUCACAGCCAGCCCUGACAACGUGGCUCCCCGACGUGAACUCCUGCAGAUGGCCGCGCCACAGAGCAUCGACCUGAGUGUGCUCCGUAACGAGGCCCUGCGGACUGAGGUACUGCGGGACCAGGGAUACGGGGAGCGGGAACGGGCGCCGCUGCAGAUGACCAAUCAGGAACAGCUGCAGAUGACGAGUCGUCAGGAGUAUGUUCUGCCCUCCCACACCAUGAGCAUGUCCAUGGACAGGAACGUGCAGCUGUCCCAGCUGUCCCAGGCACGCAGCCUGCCCAAGCCUGGGCCUCGCGUCAGCUCUGUGGACAGGGCACAGGACAUGGAACAGCCAGCAUUACAGACCCUGACUAACAUGGAGACAGUGCACAUCCCGACCACCAGCCAGGCCAUGGGGCAUGACCAGGGAGGGAACCCCAUGCAGCAGUACAGCACCAUCGACCAGUACUCUAUCCCCAUGCUCAUGGGCUUCAUGCCGGCCGUCAGCAACCCGGGAGGCUUCUCUCAAACCCCCAUGGGGACCCCCGGAUUCCACAACAGGCAGCAGUAUUAGGGGUUAUGUCAAUGUUUCAAACCUGGUUUGGAAUGGUCGACAAGUGAAGGAAUUUCUGCACCUUUUCAGAUUAGUUGUUAUACCAGAAAUAUGGAAAGGUAGCUGACUGGUAACUUCAAGCCCAGUGCUUGAUGAAGAAGUAUUAGUAGAAAUCGGUAAAGGCAUUAGCUUGUCACAGCCAAGUGACCAAGAGUUUACAAGUCAAGAAAAGGACGUCAAGAUAAAUUGAACAUUGUCUGACCAAGUUUAGGAGUCAACUGAACUUAGUUUAUAGCACUGUAAACAUGAGAAAUGUGUAUGACUUACGUAUUCUGUGUUAUGUUAGGAAAACAAGUUAGAAAAGGACCUUGUUUUAGGAGAUCGGCAUUUGCAGAAAUCAGUGUACAGGCUCAGUGAAUUUGUGAAAAAUGGAGGCUGUGGGCCUUGUGCAAGUCUGGUGUAAUCUGGAAAAAAAAACAUCUGUAUUGUCCAACAUAAGAGAAACAGAAUUAUACUGUUGUUUUUGUAGUUUUGUACCUGAUUUAUUUGGUACUCUUUAGUAGAAAUCACUUUGUAUGUUGAAGUAAUUUAGUAAAAUUAGUACGUGUAAAAAUUUUGUAGUACCUUUAUCCUUUCCAAAGGCCAGUCAACAAUGCUGUUGGGUUUCUGUUCAGAACAUCUAACAGUGAACUGUGAUUCACAUUGAGGAAGCAUACCUGGUAACAGUUCGGAUAAUUAUAUUGUAGAGUUUCACAGGCCAGUAUAUGUAGAAUUGUGUCUUUAUAAUAUGUAAACUCUAACUUGAUACUAUACUGUUAUAGAAACAGUUAGAACUAACCAUGUAUAUAGUAGUCAGUGCAAUGUGGCUAUGGCAGGCUCUGGUAGUUGCAAUUCUGUGGGCUCGGUGCAGUUCUGUGUAGGAGGCAAUACACCAUCCGCCAUCUUGAAUUUCAAGGUCAAAAGACAUUUUCAUGAAUAUUAUCAGAACUUGGACUUCGGUUUGGUUGUCAAGCGGAGAAAAAUGGUGAAAAUGUUGAACCCCUUUCCAGUUGACUUUCGUUACAAGCAACUCAACUUCAAUGCAUUAGCAUAGAGGCAAGAAGAUGACAUUUGAAGAAGGUGAAAUUGAUGAUGGUGGUGACAAACAAUGUGUAGCUCAAUCAGGAAGGUAACAUUGACAGAGGCCUUUUUUAAAAAAAAGGAGAAAAAAAUGAAGUGAUUCCUGUCAUAAUCUUUAUUUUCUAUUCUUUGCAUUGUGUAGAAAAUAAUGCAAUAUUUAAUUCAUAUAUAAUUGUUGUAAUGUUAUGUUAGAAUUAAUUGUGUACAAGCAAUCAUUGAACAUGUAUCUGCAUGGCUAGACCACUGCCUGUAUUUACAUAAUUAUACUUUAUGGUAGACCCUUAUUAUCCUCAGCAUAGGAAGCUCACAUCCUGGCAAUAUGCUGUAUAAGUUAAUAUAAUGUAUAUUCUCCUCUGUCAUGUUGAAAAAUUUGUCAACAAGUACCGAUUAGAUGCAA